CAGAUUUUUUUCCCCUUCAUCAUCCAACUGUAAAGCAACCUCGCGUUGGAUACAGAGGGCAAUCAAUUCUCAUUUACAAGAAAAAUACAAAAAAAAAAAAAACCACAUUGUUUGACGAUAAGAAUGAUUAAAGAAAAACAACCCCAUUUCCUGAUUUCCGUUUCCAAUUCUUUUUCUUCACCAAAUCUACGGACCAAAUCAAGAAAACUUGAGAUACCCAGAAACUGAAACAAGAAGAAAAAAGAAAACCAUGCCUUCUAGGCCUUUACCUCCAGGUCCAAACUUGCCAAGACCAAGUUUCCUCAACAAGACAAGAGUUAUCUUCUUGGUCUUAACCAUCUCAUCUUCAGCUGUUAUUCUCUUCACUAUAAUUUACUUCCUUUAUCAUCUUUGGAACUCUCUUUCGAACCGAGCUAGAACCAUCCCUUUUGACUCCAGUGCUCCUCUUAAGCUCCAAAGGUUUUGUUACAAAGAGUUGAAGAAUGCAACCAAUGAUUUCGAUGAUGCAAAUAUCAUAGGAAAAGGUGGCUCAGGUACCGUCUUUCGUGGCAUUGUGAGAGAUGGUAAAUUGUUUGCAGUCAAAAGGCUUGAUACGCUUUCUUUGCAAGCCGAGAGAGAAUUUCAAAACGAGUUGCAGAUUCUUGGUGAGUUAAGAUCACCCUUUUUGGUUACCCUCUUGGGGUACUGUGUCGAGAAAAACAAGCGUUUGCUUGUUUACGAGUAUAUGCCCAAUAAAAGCUUGCAAGAGUCACUUUUCGGAGAUGGUCAUCUGAGCAUGAAUUGGCAAAGAAGGUUUGAUGUCAUCCUGGAUGUGGCUAAAGCGCUCGAGUUUCUUCACUUCGGUUGUGAUCCACCCGUGAUUCAUGGAGAUAUCAAGCCUAGCAAUGUGUUGCUGGAUUGUGAUUAUAAAGCAAAGAUUUCGGAUUUUGGACUGUCGAGAAUAAAGGUGGAGGGUGAAUUUGGUUUGGAUUUGUUCAGUCAAGAUUUGGGGAGGAGCCAAGAGUUGUCUGGGACUUUGGGAGGAACUACUGGUGAACAUACUCCUGCUAUUGGAACUCCAGUGGAGAGUAACAACACUGAGGUAGACUUCGCACUUGCCUUACAAGCUUCUUCUUCUUCAAAAAACAGUAAGAAAUGUUAUAAUGUUAGGGCUCUGAGUUUAAAUUCUUUGAAUUAUAAUGCUAACUUAGCCAGUGAGAGUGAUUGUAAGGGUGGGGUUAAUGGGAAAGGGAAGGAGGUUACUUGUGUGGAUGAUUGGAACACCAAGUUUGUGCCUUAUGAUGAUGAGUUCUGUAAUAUUGAUCAUAGUAAGGAAUUGAAUUCUAGUGCAAAUUUGGGCGCUGACGAGGUAGCGGUGGCGAUGCCGACGAGUGUGAAGCAAUGGGGAAAGGAUUGGUGGUGGAGGCAGGAUGGUAGUGGUGAAUUGUGCAGUAAAGAUUAUGUAAUGGAAUGGAUUGGGAGCCAAAUAUGUCCAUCAAAUCCUGAUUGGGGUGAUGACAAAAAGCCAAGUCCCGAGAAAAUUGAGCUGGACAAUUCAACUCAGUUGGAUAAGCCUGAAGAUGUUAAUGAACCCCAGGUGCAAGGACUAGGCUUUGAUGCUUUGGAUAAGGGUUUCGAGAAGGAAGAACCGAAACAGAAAGGCAGGAAAAACCGAAAAAAGACCAACAGGAAGAUGCAAGAAUGGUGGAAAGAUGAUCAUUUGGGUGAGGUAAGCAAAAAGGAUAGUAAGCUGAAGCAGCUCAAGACGAAGUGGAAGAAAGGGUUUAAAAUGCCACAUUUUGAUCUAGGGAGACGGUUUUAUUUUUGCAGGAGCAAGAAGUUCGGGGAACCGAAUCAAGAUGACUGUGAUGCGAAUGGAGAAUUCAGUUUUAGAAGGGGAUGGAGGAGAAAGAACAACAAUUCGAUCGGAAGUGACAUGUGGAGCGGGGAUCUUUUCAGUCGGGAGCUAAGCAGCACGACGAGCAUGAGAGGGACUUUGUGUUAUGUUGCGCCUGAGUACGGUGGAUGUGGCUACUUGAUGGAGAAAGCCGAUAUUUACAGUUUAGGAGUUUUGAUCCUUGUGAUUGUGUCUGGUAGGAGACCAUUGCAUGUGCUUGCUUCGCCUAUGAGGCUCGAAAAGGCAAACUUAAUAAGCUGGUGUAGGCAAUUAGCACAAUCCGGAAACAUAUUGGAACUGGUAGAUGAGAGAUUGAAAGACGAGUACAACAAGGAACAAGCUAGCUUGUGCAUAAAUUUAGCACUUAGUUGCCUGCAGAAAAUGCCCGAGUUGCGGCCGGAUAUCGUGGAGAUUGUAAAGAUCUUGAAAGGGGACAUGGAUCUCCCACCAGUUCCCAUCGAGUUUUCUCCGUCUCCACCUUCUAAAUUGUACAACAGAUCAAGGAGAAAACAGAAGGCCAAUGCAGAUUAGUUUCUUUUUGCUAAUCCUUUUUCAGUUUUGUUUCUGCUUAGUUUUUGGUGACUAUUGAUGAGUGUAAUAGAGGAUUAGAUGAUAUUGAUUGCAAGCUUUUACUUCAAAAAGCAUAUCGGGGGAGCUGAAGGUGCGUGUGUCAUGAUGAUUAUGUUGUAUGUAUAUUAUAUAAAUUACUUGUAACUUUUUUUCCCAUACUAACUUGAGGCAUAUAUUGAUGCCUAAAGUGAAGAUCCUUUUCUACCAAA